UUUCUCUCUCUUUCUCUCUCUCUCUUUCUCUGCUCCCCCGAUCUCGCUUUCUCUCUCUCUCUCCCGGUGAAGCAGGCGCUCAGCAGUGGGAUGGAUUCUGACUACUAAAGAGAGAGUCGGAGUGAGGGAGGGGGAACAGGCAGCAGGCUCGCAGCUUGCUUGUGAAAGAGAGCUAAAGGAAGGGAUUCAGACACCAGCGUAUAAAUCUACAGACGCCGAUCUGGAUGAAGAAAUGCGCUUGCGUUGCAGCCGAGACUAACGUGGCUUUUCACAGCAUCCAGAGGUACUCCUCAUUGUUGUUCAUUGUGGUUCUUAGAGAAACGAGACACAAGAAGCGGGAAGGCAUUGAAGCCCCCAGUUGUCUAACAAGAGGUGGGCUUGGGGGAGGUCUAUGACCCUUCAUUUUCGCUUGACGAGAAGCUUUGGGGGAAGAGCCAAGUGCAGAGAACGCGAAGAAGGUGGCAACCUUCUCAGAGCUGAGAACAUCAUACAUCCACCUUUUUUAAAUCUUCCCAUUCAUAAAUCCUCUGCAUCUCAUUGUGGGAGAGAUGUAGAGCUGGUCCUUCUGGAUGGAUGAGGAAGGGGCUGGUUGGGUGCUGAAGCUCAUUUCCUCUCGCGCUUUCUUUCGCAGUACCAUCUCCGCUCUUUUGCUUGUUUGCUCAUUUUUAUUUGCUUAUUGUUUUCUGACUGUACUUUCCUUUUAUGGUGCCUAACAGCACUGCGUUGAAACUGUGAAUGGUGGGCUUUUUCUCAUUGGAUUGAAGGUUUGAAGGCUUUCGUGGUGUUGGGUUCUGCCUGAAUGCACAGAUGAUAUCAGCAGAAAACAGAAGAGGAGCCUGUGAGAAAAGAGGUACACUGGAUUAUGUGAAGCACCAACAAGCACCACUUAAUUCUAUAGACUCUAUAGACAGGUCUAAAUCUAAGAAAACAGCGCUAGUUGUUAUUACAACGCUUUUCCCCAUACUUGCCAAAGCUUUUUCAAGCACUGUUGAAGAGGAGCACUGACGACUCUCUCUGACGACUUAUCUUUCAUUAUCUUUAUCUGCUGUGAGUAAACACUAAGUUCUAAUCAAGAACAGAAAAGCGAUGACAGCCAUGAAGGGGGAUUCAGAGGACAGCAUUGAGAGCAUCAGGCCUUCCAACUUGCAAGCCUUUGCCAACUCCUCCACACUGCAUGGCAUGAGCCACAUUUUCGCCUACGGACACAUGACAUUUCGCCGGCUCCUGUGGACUCUCUCGUUUCUGGGCUCCCUAGGACUGCUACUGGUGGUAUGCAUGGACAGGGUAUCCUACUAUCUUCAGUUCCCUCACGUCACCAAACUGGACGAAGUGGCGGCACCCAACCUUACCUUUCCUGCUGUCACUUUCUGCAAUCUCAACGAGUUCCGCUUCUCCAAGAUCACGAAGAACGAUCUCUACCAUGUUGGGGAACUGCUAGCCCUGCUUAAUGAAAACUACCAGAUUGCUAACCCACAUCUAGCAGAGCCAGAGGUCCUCGCUGCUUUGAAGGAAAAGGGCAACUUCGUCAACUUCAAGCCUAAGCAGUUUAACAUGACUGAUUUCUACAACCGCACAGGCCAUGACAUCAAUGAGAUGCUUCUUCAGUGCACCUUCCGAGGGGAGGACUGCUACCCUUUUAACUUCUCCACUAUUUAUACAAGAUAUGGCAAGUGCUACACCUUUAACUCAGGCUUGGAUGGCAACCCCCUGCUGACGACCUUAAAAGGUGGAACAGGCAACGGUCUGGAGAUAAUGCUGGACAUUCAGCAGGAUGAGUAUCUGCCAGUGUGGGGAGACACAGACGAAACCUCGUAUGAAGCAGGCAUCAAAGUUCAGAUCCACAGCCAGGAUGAGCCGCCCUUCAUAGACCAGCUGGGAUUUGGUGUGGCCCCUGGUUUUCAGACUUUUGUGUCUUGUCAGCAACAACUGCUUCAGUACCUUCCACCACCCUGGGGCGACUGCAAGUCAACUCCCAUCGAUUCUGAGUUCUUCUCCACCUACAGCAUAACAGCCUGUCGUAUUGACUGUGAAACCCGCUAUCUGCUGGAGAACUGCAACUGCAGGAUGGUUCACAUGCCAGGUACCUCCACAGUGUGCACACCAGAGCAGUAUAAGGACUGUGCAGACCCGGCGCUGGAUUUUCUUGUGGAGAAAGACAACGAUUACUGUGUGUGUCAGACACCCUGCAACAUGACCCGAUACGGCAAGGAGCUGUCGAUGGUAAAAAUACCCAGCAAAGCUUCCGCCAAAUACCUGGCCAAGAAGUUCAACAAAACUGAGCAGUACAUCGGAGACAACAUUCUAGUUCUAGAUAUCUUUUUUGAGGCUCUGAACUAUGAAAAGAUUGAGCAGAAGAAAGCAUAUGAAGUGGCUGGAUUGCUUGGUGACAUUGGGGGUCAGAUGGGUCUGUUUAUAGGAGCGAGUGUCCUGACAAUACUGGAAAUAUUCGACUACUUGUAUGAGGUAUUUAAGGACAAAGUGUUGGGCUACUUUCUACGCAAGGGAAGGCCACGCCGGAGCGCAAGUGAUAAUCUGGACUACCCCGAGAACCCCACCAGCCCUGCUGUCACGCCUAAUCAUGUCCCCAGCUUUCAUGACGGAGAUGAUGUUUUGCACAAGUUCAGAGCACAUGCGACACACUCCGGAGUCACUCGGACAGCCUCGGAUUCGCGCCGAACAUGCUACCUAGUCACCCGACUGUAGGCAACUUCGAGGAGUUCGCCUGUUGAUGAUGCGGGACGCGGGGCGCGACGAGGACGGUUAGGUCUAGUCUGACAGCAAACUGUGAUAUAACUUGUAUACUCCAAACUGUGUGUAAGUUCACCAAACAGAACAUGAUGACUAGCUCAGUCAGUCAAUCAGUCAAUAAAUCAACACCCGAAUACGAACAAAUCUCUUUCUCUCUCUCCAUAAAGUACAAAUAGGCAACACUUCCAAAACAAAACUCAGGUUUUAUCAGCAUAACUCAGUAUCAUCUUAAAGCCACCUGUUUGUUUCAUGUUGUGAAAAUGCUAGUAAACUGUUAAUAAAUAUAACAAAAAAAAUCAAUUCAUAUACUCAGAGAGUUUUGACUUUCAGUCAGGGACGGAUUAUUAAUCGAUCCUACUGGGCAAAUGCCUAUGAGCCCAACAAGGACCCCUCAACAAGAUUGUCAAUGUGUACUGGUAGUCAAUGUUACAACCUCUGGUUGUAAUUUUCCUUUUGGUGUGCUCGCUUGUGCUGUUUUUUAAUUCAGCCUUCCUGUUGGUGCAGAACUGUGAUUGGCAAAACAGGGACACUCUUAUACACUUCAUUUUUUGCAGAAUGUCAAAAAGGGUCAUCAAAGUCUGUUUACUUUGUGUACAGUAGUAAUAUAGAUUACAACUGCAGUAACAAUAAACUAAAAUAUGCUCAUUUACGUACAGGGUGUCACAGUAUUUGUGAGGAGAGGAGAAAUUUGCUUUAAUAAUAAAUUUAUGAACACAACACAAAUAAAUUGAAGUGCUGUGGAGCUGUACAUUAAAAUGUAAUCCAAUGCCUUCCAAAGAAGAGGCGCUGCAUCUGUGGCUGAAGGCACUAGAUUUAUAACAUUCACACAAACGUCGCUUAUACGUCUGCUCUUGGAAAUACCAACACCAGGACAUGGCUUGGUUAUGAUGCUCCAAUUAAGUCGACACAAUGGGUGUGUUUGUGAGGUUUACCCUCUAUAGGCACUCAUGCUCUCGAGCUCAUAGAUAAGCUAUUAAUCUCUGAAGACCCUGUGUCCUCAAAAAAGGACAAUAUAUUUCUGAUUCUUUGCACCAAGACACUUCAUUUUUUGAAAUGUUGACUCUUCUUUGGUCUCAUAUGGAGACACUGCCCGAACCUCUUAGUGAUCACAUGAAAACUCAAUUGAUUGGGGACAAAAUGGCGAGACUGUCAAAAGUUUUAUAUUUGAAACUAUGUUCGAAAAUGUAUUUAUGUACAAUAACAUCUCUAGCUUCAUAUGGCUUGGCAGAAUCUAGGUUAAGCUAGCAUCUUCUCCAACAGACUCACAGCACCUGAUGAAACUGUUCAACCAAGUUCCCUUCACUGAAUAAUAAUAGCAGACACAAAGACGUUAAAGUGGAGGUUUUAAAUUAAGCUCCUUCAACCACAGAUGCAGCUCCUCUUCAUUGGAAGGUGGUAGAUAUACAAUUAGUAGCUAUGCUGUGUCCCUGCAGCACUGUGUUGAGCUGUGAAGCUAGUUAGCUACAGCUCUAAAUAAUGUUUUAUAUCCUGUUGGAAUGUUAGGUUAGCAUAUCUAGCUACUUUAUGAUUAGUGAUCACAGUAGUAGCUACUUCAGACUGCAUUCACUUGAAAUACAAUACAACCAUAAACCAUAUGACUAUAAAACAAGCAUGACCUAGAAGAGAGAUAUAAAGCAUCUAAAAAAAAAGCUGGAACUGAUGUGACAGUAUUUUAUAUUAUAUUGUUUUAUAUUGAUACCAUAUAUUGUUUCAAAAAAAUAAUACAGGCCUUUUUGUAGUGAACGCAGCUCCUGGCCAAUCACAGGUCUGCAUCUACAGAAAGACUAAACAUGAAAAUAGAACACGCAGACACACCAAAAUGAGAAUUACCACCAGGGUACAACUACUUGUACCUUAGCUAACACGCACCACCUACCUACCAAGACAUUGACUUAAGAAACAUGAACCACUGAAUGCAUUGUCACAGAAUUUUAAAAUACGUUUUUUUAAUCUUGUGUGCCGUUCCCCCAUCUCUGCGCCCUCGGCCUCGCAUGACAGUGCCUCUUCAUUGGUCACUGGAUAAGAGAAUUGUUUCACGACCUUUUUUUUUUUUGCCUCGAAAUUUUUUAGUUCCUCGAUUUUUUUUAGAUUUAAGCAUCCAGUGUGUCCAGACUAAGAUUCAUCUGUACAGAUCUGCUAUUUGAUGAACAGGAUAGAUCAGAUUGAGGAACACAGGGCUGUAUUGGUUUGUGUGGAUGGACUGGGGGGUUCUGCAUUGGUUUAUGCCCAGGGGCCCAUGAUUUAUUAAUCCGUCCCUGCUUUCAGUGAUUCUUGUGUACCAAAAAGCAGCAUUAUUAUUGAGAGACCGCCACUGAUGGAUUAAAAGUAACCUGGAUAAAUGAAGGCACACCAUUGCACAAAAUAAAAGACGUCAGAGGAGGUGAAUUUAUGGCGGUGACAUAUCCAUUAGUCAACAAGCGGCAGAUUUUACCAUCAUUUGCUCAACGCGCCUCAUCCUUAUUGAACUGCUCUUGACUAUAGUGUUCAAAAACCUCAAAAAUCGUCCAAGUCGUCCAAAAAUGUUUGUCUGUUCACAUGACGUAUAUAUAUUUAAAGUGCAAUAAUAUGCAUAAUGUGUUAGAAUAACAAAUGUAUUACCCUUAAGUCUUAACUAUUAGUUGUUGAGGAAGAGAAAGGUGAGGUUCUGGUUCUUUGUGUGAACAGUAUUUUACGUUUGUUCUUGAUUGUAUUUCUGUUUGUCUGUUCAUUUUGAUAUACCUAUAUAUACUCUGGUAUUAUGAAACACAUGAAAUACAUAAAAUGAGACUUAUAUGAGCAGUUGGUCAUAAUUUUGUUUGGGUGGUCUGAAAGAUCCAGGUUCUAGCUCUGUAUCCACUUUUUAAAUCCUUGUGAAACGUCAUUAUCAGUGAUGGCCUGAUGACAAAUGUGACACGUCCAAAGCUGACCCAACCAAACCUGUGAAUAAAGCAGUAAAUCAUGCGCUCAUUAGACGUCAUUAGAGCUCUGUUUUAGUCCAGUUUUCCCACUCAUCUGUCCCUCAGUCUGCUGUCUGUGAGUAAUGGCGAAUGGCUGGUGUGUUACUAGCUGCGUGUAUUUAUUAAAGGCCUAUAUCAGCAACACAAUAUAAAGCAAACAUUGAGAUUAAAGAGUAAUUUAUAGACUUUAUUGCUGAAUACCCCUGGGAUCGCUUUAGUCAGUCAUAAUCUCUUCCUCACAGCUUUUACAAAUACUGUUUCAGGCUCACCUCUCACAAUCUGGACGUACAUUUGUGGUGAAUUCCAGAAUUCACAGCAAGUGUGCGUCUUGCUCACUAUCCUGCAUGCACACCUCAUCUCCUGCACAAAAUAAAAAAAUGAAGAAGCCACGUAGGCCUGCCACAUGCUCAGAGCGUAGCAAUAGAGUGAGGGAUAGUAUCACACACAUCCACCCUCUUUUGAGUUUGCUUCUGCAUUCAGCUACACUGUAUAUUUGCAUUGUUUUAUAUUUACAAUUAUGAGGAGAUUUCUAGCACAUAUAUCCACAUUUUAAAACAGUCGGUUGUGAAGUGUAAAUCAACCUAUAUAAUAAACAUUCUAUUUAACCAUCUCUUAAUGA